CCCUCCCCCUCCCCCCCCCUGAAGAGAGCGCCCCACUCCUUCCUCGUCCCUUCCUCCGCCGCCGCUCUUUCUAACCAGCGCGAGCAUGGCCAUCCUUCGCCUCGCCGGGUCGCUUCUGACCCUGGGCCUUUCCCUGGCCGCCGGCCUCGGCUCCGCGGCCCCGGUCCCGGUGUCCGCCGACAUCGCCGACCAGCGCUCCUGGUAUGCCCUGUCGACCAACGGCGCUUCCGUCGUUGGCGGUGGCUUUGACCUGGAGUACCUCGUCUCCAACACCGACCUUCGCGGUGUCUACGGCCGUGAUGAGCGCUUUGCCCUCGUGGUCGACACCCCCUCCGGCAUUGACCGCCUGAUGGACGCCGGUGACAUGAAGGCCGUUCGCCUGUCGGACUUCGCCGACGCCGAGGAGGCCUACACCGACCAGGCCUCCCCCCUGUACGACAUGCAUGUGGUCCAGUGCUCCUCGCCGGAGCAGUUCCGCCAGCUGCGCGCCCUGACGGCCGAGAUCGCCACCGAGCGCCAGCGCCGCGCCGAUGACGGCCUCGAUUCGUACGACUUCGCCGCCGACCUGGUUCACCUGUCCCCCCGGUAUGAUGUCCUGGUGUACCGGACCCCGGCCGGCCGGCCGCUCGAUGCUCGCAUCGACCCGCACAUCUACGAGGUCAUGCGCGCCGGUCGCCGCACCAUGCGCAUCCCCCCCCGGACCUUCAAGCAGAGCCCCGCCUACAACCAUGUGAAGCUCUACUCGCCGAUCAUCGAGCAGGCCGUCAACAGCGUCAACACCGGCAACCUGCGCAACGUCGUGCAGCACCUGUCCGAGAAGUACCACACCCGCCACUCCAUGUCCCGCGGUGCCGUCGAUGCCCAGGCGUACCUGGCCUCGCGCCUGCAGUCCAUGGGCCUGAGCGUCAGCCUGCAGCAGUUCAAGGAGGGCUACUCGCGCAAUGUCAUCGGCGAGCUGCGCGGCGCCCAGGAGCCCGACCAGAUCGUCGUCAUCGGUGCCCACUAUGACUCCCGCAUGAACGAUGUCAAUGACCCGCUCAGCCGGGCGCCCGGUGCCGAUGACAAUGCCUCCGGCUCCUCGGCCCUGAUGGAGCUGGCUCGCAUCUUCACCAGCAACAACGCCACCUACCACUACACCGUGCGCUUCGUCUUCUUCAGCGGCGAGGAGCAGGGCCUCUACGGUUCGGAGGCCUACGCCAACUCGCUGGCCGCCGCCGGUGAGAAUGUCAUCGCCAUGUUCAAUGCCGACAUGCUGGGCUACCGUGUUCCUGGCACCCCGAUCACUCUGGGCAUGAAGGACCGCUACAUCACCGAGUGGCUGCUGGCCGUUGCCGAGGACAUCAUGGCCGUCUAUGUGCCCAACCUGCCGGUUUCGCGCAGCUCCUCCUGCUGCUCGGACUACCGCUCCUUCUACUAUGCCGGCUACCCGGCCAUCGGCUUCUUCGAGAACCCCACCACCGCCUCCACCUACCCGCAGUACCACACUUCGGAUGAUGUCAUGGCCAACCUGGACUUCGAGCAGCUGACCAUGGAGACCAAGGCCUUCCUGGCCACUGCCAUGACUUUCGCCGUGCCCCGGUAAGCAGCCGGCUACCCUCGUGCGGCAGUCUCUCUCUCUCUCCCCCUCCCUC